UCCGCUACUAGAACCUUCUCGCAACCAGUCGAGGUGUGCAUCGAGUCUCCUGCCUUCGCCCCGCGAUACGCCACCCAACUGUGAAACGAACGCCGACGCAAUGCCUCGGUAUUACUGCGACUACUGCGACACCUAUUUGACCCACGAUUCUCCUUCUGUCAGGAAACAACAUAAUGCCGGCUACAAGCACAAGGCAAAUGUUCGUACCUACUAUCAGCAGUUUGAGGAGCAACAGACUCAGAGUUUAAUAGAUCAAAAAAUUAAGGAGCACCUUGGGCAGGCUGCAGUCCAAUAUCAAGUAGGUGCAGCUUUUAACCAGUUUCUCCAAGCAAAUCCUCAGAGACCUCGCCCUCCGAUUCUUCCAUUGCCGAUGGGAGCACCUCAGAUGCCUAUAGGCUCUCCGUUUGUUCCGGGAAUUAGACCCCCAGUUUUGCCACCCCCUGGCACUACAAGUUAUGGAGCUGCUCCAACUGUUCCUCCAUCAAUGGCCCCACCUAUUGCACCUUCCAUGCCGAUGCAAGUGAACAAUCUCCCUGGACCACCGAUGGUGAAUCCUCCGGUCCCUGGAGCUACAACUGCACCAACACCUAACAGUGCUAUGAAUACUGUGACAUAUCAAGCCAAUCCGUCGUUUACUUCUGGUUCCUCUACUGCGCCAGCUGGUAGCACUAACUCACAGGAAACUUUUGCAUAUUCUCAGAAUUCUUAGACCAAUCGCUAGCUUAUCAAACUGCCAUAAGGGUUUGGAAUUGAUCAAGAUUGGGCUUCAGAAAUAUUUUCUAUUGUAGUUGUGGAAGUUGAUCUAAGUAAGGAAAAGUGAUACUCCUGAGUCCUUAGUAUUGAUGAGCUGAUCUACUCUUGACUUGAAAAUGGAGCAUGUAUUUUUCUGAGAUUUCAGAAUAGCUUGUACUCAAUUGGCUAAGUUGGUGGAUGUAAGAAAGCAAGGCAGUGUAAUGUGGUUGUUUCCGGUAUUUUAAAGGCUGAAAAGACGCAUUCUAAUGCGGCGCCAUCUAAUAUGGUAGUUGAAACUCUUGUGGUAUUUACGCAACUUCGUCAAUUGUUCUGUUUGAUUUCUUGAAGAUGUCUCGUGCAUUACGUAUCAGACCUUGGCAUCAACUUCGCAACUUUUUUUCGCCGAUUGAGAUAAUUGUUUGGGUGUGACUCGGCAGGAAGUAUGAUUCACAUAACAAGUCUUGUAAGAAAUUAAUUGUGGGUGAUUUCAGGUUUUAGUCCUGAUGUUUGUUUUAUCCUGAAUUUGGGUAUAAGAGGACGCAUCGUACAAUAAUAAGAUUAUGUAAGUGUACAUGUUUUGCUUUUUCUUUUUAUA